CAUCAUUUCAAGGCGCUUGGGACGAUGGAGCUGUCUGUAGCAGAACCAAUCGACGCAAACGGCGGGCCCUCUUCAGUUCAGACCCAGCCUGAUGGUUCUCUUGCCAAGAUAGUGAUCGAGCCAACCCCGAGGAAUCAAAGCUUGUACAACGAAGUGCGAACACAGCAUGAAUUCAAGCGUCGUCCAGUGCACGUGGCACCACCACUUUCGAAGUACGGUACCCUCCGCCUCGCGCCAGCUAGUAGCACUAAUGACUCGGCCCCAUUCGUUUCCCAGGAGGGAGGACACCAGCGCAAGGGCCGGAGAAGACGCUCUUUGCAAUGGGAGAAGCGCUUAACUGCCGCUGUCUUGAGAAGGUUUGACAUAGCCUGUCAAUUACACAGGAAGAAGAAAAUCAUGUGUUCAUGUUACGACUUAUCCUUGCUCGAGGAGGCGUGGCUCCAGAAACAAGUCGCCGCCCCUUCCUCCAUGACCAAUGAUCAUACUCCACGCCAGGACCAUUAUGACGGGGGUGACUCACAUCCUGCUGGCCUGGUUUCGCUGAUGCCGUUCGGGCAUGAGGACGAGCAUGAUCGUUCAACACAUGUUGACCGCAUCAAUACUCAACCUGAUUUUGGUUACGGAAGCGAUCUAGCAUGGCCCUAUGGAGAGCCGCGCCAUCAGAAGCACCAAAGCCAUGAUUCGCGAAAUAAUAACCUUUCGCCACUGGCAGAGGAUAUCAUUUCUGGACCUUAUAGCGAAAUGGACACUGAUUCACAGGACAGCAGUGAGCUCUACUCGGUCAAUACUGAUGUCCUCACCCAGUAUUCCGAUGCGGGGAGCUUGCUCGCACGUGAGGACUCCUACUCCGCAGCUUUCGCAUGCAAAUUACGGGACGACAUAAAAAGCCAUCUGCAGGAUCCGAACGACUUGCUGAGGGCGUCCAGUAAAAUCUCCAGUCUGCUUCAGAGCUUUUCCUUGGAGUUAUCUCGGUGUGACAGUCGACAGCUCCUCCGUGACUUGACUUUCCAAAUCCACAAGAACAGAAGCAUCAUUGUUGAGCAGGUCUGUGAUCUCAACAGUGGCACCAAGAAUAUGCCUUCAAACAUUUUUGAAAACAAUGAUGAUGAACACAAUGAGAGCGACGACAGUAGUCCGCACCGGCUAAAAGCUCCAACCCGACGGAGCAGACAAGCCAUUCUCGAUUGGGUUCAUCAACAAGACGACUCGGUAGGCGACCCCCUUGAGCUGCCAGAGACGGAAGAUGCGAUGGAUCAUUCGGAAUUUGCUCGUUAUGGCGAUAUUGUGGAUGGAAGCCCCGCCUAUCAAUGGUUACUCUCAACCAUCCGUCUCGUCUCUUCUUUAUGGGCCCCAGAAACCGAUAUUUUCACAGAAAUCCGCACUGCCGUUGCGGAAGUGUUAGUACCUGCCAGAAUCAGCAGAUACAGACAGGUACAAGCAUUUUCAGCCGCUAUUGACAUUCAUUGGGACCCCACGAAAUUCUUCCAUGGCCAGGAAUACGACCAGCUUCCGUUCGAAGUAUUCAAGAAAGUCAUCGUAUUCACGGGGGGCCAAGUGAACGCGCAAGCAACGACGUGCGAAGAAUACCUGUGUUCAGUCUGGCCGUGCACGGCACCAAUCAUGCUAAGAUGUCUCGAGGCACUCCUGAGAGACGACCAUUGUUAUAUACAGCUCGGCCAUGAUGUCCUGUUCUCUGGCUCAGAUGUCCAUAUGUUCGGGGGCACUGAUUGUGUGUCCGCCGUGAUCCGUGGUUCCGCCAUUCUUAUCGGAGAACUUUGUGAGCAGUUGGCCUGGCUUGGGGCCACGUUCCGAGAAUGCCAUCCUCACGGCAACCUGUCUUUCUGCACUCCUUUCAUAGAUUCACUUCGCAAAAUGGCAAAUGGGUACCUCUUCUGCACGAUACGCUUCCGCAGGCAGAGCAUUACGCAGACUGAUCAGUCCUUGAGAGGUACUUGUUGGCAUAUUCUCUGCGGCAGCCGAUGUAUCGUUCGAGGGUUUCCGAUACCAGCCCGAGCACCAGAUCAAUGCGGACUCGAGAUCUCCGUAGGACUCAUGGCUGCUCUCAGUCAAGCGCGGUACCUCAAUAAUUUCCGCUCGACUCUCACGAUCAAAGGCUUCUCAACCCUCAUAUAUCCUUCGUAUCUCCAAGGAAAUGUUAUUGGAUGGCACUUGGAACACAACAAGGAUGGUAGCCACAUGUCAUUCAGCCGUGGUGUCAAGGUCGAUCGUAUUGACAUAAGCACCCAUGAAGCUGGAACCUGUCGCCAUAUACUGGGUUGGUGCUCAGAUUCGAUUAUUCUUGCAGGAACUUCCGUGGCCUCGUACAACAUUGAGCACUCAGGACUACCCUUAGUGGUUGAUGGAUGUUCUCUAAAAGGCGCAGAGAUGCGGAGGGGUAUCCUUGUGGCCUCAGUCAGGGCUUUCAUGCUUGGCAACCAAGACAUCUCGAAACGCCUCACAAGGGACAGCUUCACCACCAACAUGAAGUGGCUGGAGACGCAAAAGGUUGUUUUAUGGGACGAGGGCGAUAAGAGGGGCUGGAUGGUCAAUGGACCGAGCGCGUUACUCCAUAUUCUCCGUGCAUACAUUCGUCACAUGGAAACCGGGGCCUAUCAGUCAAUCUUAUUGCUGCGCAACGAGGAUAUUAUCGAGUGCGGCGAAAACUACUCAGCUCGGAUGGCGAUCCAGACACUUUUGGAACCGCAAAAUCGGCGUAAGAAGCUAUUCGUCGAUGACGAGGAGACAUUGCAAGACAAGAUCGAAUAUUUCUACAAUGUUCUCGACCAGCUCAUUGGCUAUCAAGAGCACAGAGCUGGCACAGACUCGAAGUUGCGCCCACAACAACGGAGAGACUUGCUUGAAGGAUGGGAUCUCGAAAGCUUCGCAGCUUCCGCGGACCCAAUCAAACCUCGCAUCGCCACAAUACCUGUGAUUGGGCGGAGCUGGGUCGACUUUGUCAAUGCAAUGCGAGCGCCGAUAUUGUUUGGAAGAGGCUUUGGUGAUAUCAUUCAGCAGUCUCCAGCCUGUGAUGCUGCAACUACAUGGAGCCGUGUUCCUAUUGAUAGCUACUAUCUCACCGCGCUAUACAGCGAUCUCCCUAGGUGCGAGAUGGUUUUAAACAGGACUUACCAAUGGAUGCUACAAUUUGGCGAGAAUGCCAUUUGGCAUGGGCCUGGGCUGGGGCCAAUUGUGGAAGGUCACGGGGCCUCACGAAGACUGGACGCAUCUGCCCUGGUGCAAGUCCUGCUGCCCAAAGGCGCCUCUGACGAACAUCGUGUGACCGAGGUCCCGAAAAUAGCGACGCACCGUCAGCUAGCUCUAAUUUUCGGGCACAACCCAUCUUUCAGCUGGUCCUGGGGAGAAUCGGGGCCUCCAGUCAGGGGCGAGGUGUCCAGGCCGCCUAAAUCAGCCGCCCAACGAGUCGUCUCUCCAGACAGCGGCUUCUGGUCAGGGUCUUCUGCCUCAACCAGUCAAUCGGUGCCGCCACCGCCGCAGCAAUGGAUCCCUGAGAUUGCCAUACUGUGCGCGCUUCCUCUGGAGCUUAAAGCUGUGAGGGCUCUGUUCGAGAACAGCCAUCACUACGACGGACCAACCAUCGAAGGCGACAGUAAUUCGUAUGUUUCUGGACGUUUUGGAGGAUACAACGUGGUAGCCAGUAGCAUCGGGUAUGGCAGGUCUCAAGCGUCCAGCGGCUUCGCGAACGUCAUGCGAAGCUUUAGACAUCUUCAAUUUUGUCUCCUCGUUGGUAUCGGUGGCGGUAUUCCCUCCGCAACCAAUGACGUCCGUCUCGGCGAUGUCGUGGUCGGAACUCCCUCUGGCUACAAACCUGGGGUUGUGCAGUAUGAUGCAGGUAAGGCCUUUGAAGGCUACGUCGAGGCGUCCCAGCUCUAUCCCGUACAACCGCCGCGAGAGCUUCUGUCAGCCAUUAGUCGGCUCCGAUCAGCGCCCUCUCCGCCAAAGGAGCCUCUAGAAGUUGACAUACAACAUAUUGUGCGUGCCAACCCCUCGAGCUGCCAUCCGGGACUAGCACGAGACAUCCUCUAUGAGGCAGAGCCGUCACAAACACCGGGCCGUACAAGUGCCUGCGCCGAGAAGUCAUGCCACUGUCGCGCUCUGCCUCGCGCCGCACGACCGUCGACCACUCCCGUCGUGCACUACGGCGUGAUCGCGUCGGGCGGCUACGUCGUCAAGAGCGCGGCCCUGCGCGACGACUUUGCCAGGAGGUUCGGCGCGCUGUGCGUCGAGAUGGAGGCCGCAGCUCUCGUUGACGUGCAGAAGCCCUGCCUGGUGAUCCGGGGCAUCUGCGACUACGCCGACGCGCACAAGAAUGACGCGUGGCAGGAGUAUGCGGCGGCAUCGGCGGCGGCCUACGCAAAGUACCUGUUGGAACAGUCGAGGAUGGGGGCGGGGAGUAGUGCGCGGGUAGCCACGAGGACGACGAGGAGGGAUUCGGCAGAUGCGGUAGCGACGGCUCGUGCUGGGAAGAGGCCCUGUUUGGAUUGGGAGUCAUGAUAUGAUUGGGCUUUUGGCAGUUUACUUACCUACCUAGAUCUUUCGGAAAGUAGAGACUUAGUAUACAACCCAUCGAAUCGUCUGCG